UCGUCCAAGGCAUAAGACCCCAUUCUCACCCUACCAUAGAUGGACGCCAUCACACCAGUGUGUGCAGACAUGGACCCAGUGCAGGCCUUCCUGACCCAGGAGCGGCUCAGUGCCUUCAUGGCCAGAGACGACUCGCAGGGUGAGGCUCCAGACUAUGGGGCAGGACUGCCUCCGCAUGAUGACCAGGAGCGUCCAUGGAGCCUUCACGUGGGGAGGUGCAGUCCUGAGAGGGCAGAGUCGGCGCUGCAAGGUGCUGGCAUGGUCACGCGCCAGGGAGACAUUAUCUCUUUCGUGGCGGAUGACCUGCACAACAAAAUUAAACUCUCCAGUCCCGUUUCCAAAACAGUGGCAUCAUUCCCUGGAUCCCGAAGUUCCACACCGAGCUUGUUAAGGGCUGCCCUUGCGCCACAGGUCCCCGCCAUAGAUCCAACCGUCAUCAAUGACAUUGAAGCACACGCUCGACAUAUUGCAACAUCAGUCGACACGCUCAUUGAGAAUCUCACAGGGACUCUGCAUAGUAUCUCAGCACUUACUGUUGACUGUGUGGAAACCUACAGGGAUGCUGUUUGUAAAACCUGUGAUGCUGUAGAUGCAAACAUAAAAUCUAUGUACCAGCUGAUGGCAAAGACAGAGGAGUUGAGCAAGUCGAUGAAACCUAUCUACAAACUCCAAGAGCAAAUCAAAGAAGUCAGACGACUCCUCGACAUGUUUGAAAGCGCUAUCCACUCCAGCGGCUCAUGAAAGUUGUGGUCCAGUGUGCGAUCCGAGAGCCGGGAAUCAUGAGAGGUCCUCCAUGACGUUCGACUUGGUGACUGCACCAAAUGGAAGGGUUAUAUGUGUGCGGAGGUGAAACUAAAGGUUGUGUGGAGCUGGGAGAGCUGCGUGAUGAAAAUAGAAUUUGAAGCAGAGAAAAAAAGAGAAAAAAAUUGUGAUACAGAUUUCUUGCAGGAAAUAUGUAAGU